AUGACAGUUGCUGAAUAAGAGAAAUAGACAAAGCAAGAAAAGCAGUACGUAGCUGAUAAGUCUACUCCAGUUCUUUGGGAAUGUGUUGAAAAGAAUCCUACUUAAAAACACCAAAAGGAUCUCAAUGUAUACGAAGACUACCACUUUGAAAAAAGCAAAGAAUACUUCCACAUUAUGCCUCAUGAGGAACCUCAUACUUUGAGAAGACGUGCUAUCCUUGAAAAAUACCCUUAAAUAAAGAACUUAUUUGUCAAAGACCCAAUCAGCGCUUAUAUCACUGUCGCUAUUGUUGUGUUUUAAUUGAUUAGUGCUUACUACAUUUAACACGCAAGUUGGCCUGUAUAUCUAACAUACAUGUAUGUUGUAGGAGCUACUCUCAAUCAUACCAUGCAAGCUUUAGUUCAUGAUUUGACUCAUCUUACAGCUUUUGAUAGCGUGAUUUUAAAUCGUAUAUUUGCUUUCCUCUCUAAUGUACCUACUUGCAUUCCCUCAGCUAUGACAUUCCAACAUUAUCACCGUGAACAUCAUCUUGCUAUGGGUGAUCCAAAGCGUGAUACUGAUCUUCCAACUGAUUGGGAAAUCAGAACAUUUAAUCGCCCAUGGAAGAAAAUUAUUUUCAUUUCCUUACAUCCUUUGUUCUACGCUGUCCGUCCAUUUUACAUUGCUCCUAAGGGUUUAGGACCUCUUGAAAUUUUUAAUUUAGUAUUAAUUAUGAGCACUAACUUCAGUGUAUAUUAUUUUAUGGGACCUUUUGCCCUCCUUUAUCUUGCUUUAUCAGGAUUUAUAAGUAUGGGAUUACAUCCUAUGGCUAUGCACACUAUUGCAGAGCACUAUGAAUUUGUUAAGGGAUAAGAAAGUUAUGAUUAUAUUGGUAUCGCUAACUUCUUUAACCUCAAUCUUGGUUAUCACAUUGAACAUCACGAUUUCCCCUAAGUUCCUUGGAGACUCCUCCCAAAGGUUAGAGCUAUGGCUCCUGAAUUUUAUGAAAACAUUCCCGUUCACACUAGCUAUCUCAGAGUAGGACUUGCCUAUCUCUUCGAUGAUGAUUUGGGACCAUUUGCUAGAAUUGACACUUCUGAAACAAAAUUGAAAAAGAAAGAUUGA